GCCUGCCUGACAUUCUGUUCAUUUAUUAGGUACAUGCAUGAAAGAUUACGUACACAUGCUGAGUCUGUUGCAUUUUUUGGUGGUGGUGCCAGAGAGAAAGAGAUGAUUGAAUCCAGAUAUACAGAACUUUUUAAUCACUCUAUAUUUCUUCUUAAGAAGAAAUGGUUAUUCGGCAUACUAGAUGACUUUGUGACGAAGCAACUUCCGCACAAUGUUACUUGGGGAUUAAGCUUAUUGUAUGCCAUGGAACACAAAGGGGAUCGAGCCAAGACUUCAACUCAAGGUGAACUGGCACAUGCUCUGCGAUUCUUAGCAUCUGUCGUAUCUCAAAGCUUUUUGGCAUUUGGUGACAUUCUUGAGCUACAUAGGAAGUUCCUGGAGCUUUCUGGUGGUGUCAAUCGAAUUUUUGAGCUUGAAGAGCUUCUGAAUGCUGCUCAACAUGAAGAUAGUCACAAUGGCAGUUCUACGCUAUCAAAUCUGACUGAAUCUCAGUCAAAAAAUGCUAUUACUUUCUCCGAGGUGGAUAUUAUUACUCCAACUCAGAAAAUGUUGGCUAAACAACUGACAUGCGUUAUAGCUCCAGGGAAAAGCCUUCUUGUCACUGGUCCAAAUGGGAGUGGAAAGAGUUCCAUCUUCAGAGUCCUGCGAGGCCUAUGGCCUGUUGUCAGUGGAAGACUUGUUAAACCACUCCAUAAGAUUAAUUCUGGAUCUGGCAUUUUCUACGUGCCUCAACGACCGUAUACUUGCUUGGGAACCCUAAGGGAUCAAAUCAUAUAUCCACUUUCCCGUGAUGAGGCAGAGAAAAGAGCAUUAGGUCAAGAAUCUGUUGGCGCCACUGAAAGUUUGGAUGCACAUCUAAGAACUAUUUUGGAGAAUGUUAAAUUACUCUACCUUUUGGAAAGAGAAGGUGGAUGGGAUGCUAACCAGAACUGGGAAGAUAUUUUGUCUCUUGGGGAACAACAGAGACUGGGCAUGGCACGGCUAUUCUUUCAGAAGCCCCAAUUUGGAAUCCUUGAUGAGUGCACCAAUGCUACCAGUGUUGAUGUUGAAGAGCACCUUUAUAGCCUUGCUAAUGAUUUGGGCAUCACGGUUAUAACAUCCUCACAGCGUCCUGCUUUGAUUCCAUUCCAUUCGUUGGAGUUGCGGUUAAUUGACGGUGAGGGUAAAUGGGAGCUUCGUACAAUUGAACAGUGAAUGGGCAUACCAUUUGCUUGUAAUUUGCCGCCAUGAUGCACAAUGGAUUACGGUGCAUGCAUCACCAAGUUUGCUAUCCAGUGGAUUUGAUAUAAACUGAACCAUACAAUUAGGUUGCAAAUCUCCCAAGUGAUUUUGGGUAGCAGCGAGUAUAGUUCAUACACCAUAACUGUUAUCUAAAGUAAAGAAGCACAGUUAGAGCAUUCAAUAAAUUUUCUAUUUUCUUUUUUUCUUUUUUUUAAACGUUUGGUGGUUGGUUUAGGUGGGGGAGAAAUUGUUAUAAUAGAAACAUUACGUACAGGCAUGAGAGUUACCUUGUUUUGUUGUAAAAUUUGGUAUCCAAUCAUGUUGAUUAGCCCUCGUAAUAAUAAUUAUGGGCACAAGGAGGGCCUAUUGACCGAAAGUCUCGGAUUCUCUUUAGCAUCCAUCAUGUUCAAUUCUUUUCUGUAAACAUGUAUGGCCUUAAAUGUUUAUCUUCCUCAUAAA